UUGAGCAAUAUUCAAAAUUAAUGUAAACCUUAGAGAGGUCUCAUACAAUGUUUUCCCGGCUUAAACCACACCAUUUAACGCCAUGGAAUUCUUAAAUUUUAGAGUUGAUUUAAUUUGGAAUUUAAUUUUUUUCGCGAUGUCCGGCAUUACUACAACUUUGACAACCGGCAAAAAACCAAUAUGUGUGCUUUUUAUUGAAUUUCGAAACAUUGUGUUUAUUUGCAAAUUAAAAGAUAUUGCUAGACUUUAAACACGGUUUAAAUUGCAAAAUUUGUAUAGAAAAGCUCAGUGUAACAAAUAGUUUUGUUUAUCCCUCACACGUAAAAUUUUUAGGGCUGAAACUUGCUUUUGCCUUUACCGCCAAUUUGUUUAUAAGUGAGGAGAGCACAAGAUGUUCGGACAGCAAGCACUUGGUGGUACAACCGCAGCACCUUCCACAAAUCGAAUGAAUGAUUUUGAAGUAACAAUGCCACCAGAUGACUCUGUAUCAGCGUUGGAAUUUAGCCCCAGUACUAUAUCACAAAACUUUCUAAUAGCUGGCAGUUGGGAUAGCAGCGUACGCUGUUGGGAGGUUGAGCAAACCGGAAAAACUGUGCCAAAAUCAAUGAAAACAAUGGGUGGACCAGUAUUGGACGUAUGCUGGUCGGAUGAUGGUACAAAAGUGUAUAUGGCAUCCUGUGACAAACAAGUAAAAAUGUGGGAUCUGGCUUCAGAUCAAGUAGUACAAGUGGCAGCACACGAUGCUCCCGUAAAGACAUGCCAUUGGAUAAAAGGUUCUAAUUAUAGUUGUUUAAUGACUGGUUCUUGGGAUAAAACAUUAAAGUUCUGGGAUACACGUACACCCAAUCCAUUAAUGGCAAUAACUUUGCCGGAACGUUGUUACUGUGCUGACGUUGAUUAUCCGAUGGCUGUGGUGGGUACCGCAAAUCGUGGGCUCAUUGUUUAUUCUCUAGAAAAUACACCGACUGAAUUUAAGCGACAAGACAGUCCUUUGAAAUAUCAACAUCGCACCAUAUCUAUUUUUAGAGAUAAGAAAAAAGCACCAACAGGUUACGCACUUGGUAGCAUUGAAGGACGCGUUGCCAUACAAUAUGUAAAUCCAGUGAAUCCAAAAGAUAAUUUCACUUUUAAGUGUCAUCGCACCACCGGCACAGCUGGUUAUCAAGAUAUAUAUGCUGUAAACGAUAUAGCCUUCCAUCCGGUGCAUGGCACUUUGGUGACUGUCGGCUCAGAUGGCACAUUCAGUUUCUGGGAUAAAGAUGCACGCACCAAACUCAAGUCUUCGGAGACAAUGGAUCAAUCUAUUACAAAGUGUGCAUUCAAUAGUACUGGACAGAUAUUCGCAUAUGCUGUUGGCUACGAUUGGUCGAAGGGCCACGAAUACUUUAACCCAGGCAAGAAACCACAAAUCUUCCUACGCUCUUGCUACGAUGAGCUGAAACCACGUAUUGCUUAAUCCUUUUGAAUGAUCUAAAAAGUUAACAAUCGCCACACUGUAUAUCAAUGUAGAGUCAACAUAUUCUCCAAUUGAAAUAGAAUUUGAAACCGAUGCAUUUCAGUGAAAAGAAAAAAAAUAAACCUCCCUUUAAAUUAGU